AUGACUAGAAAUAGUCUUCACGUCGCCCGUUUGACCUCCAUCUCCCAGCAUUUGGCCCAGCUGUGUGACUUGGCUUCCCUCAAGCACUUUAACAUUCUCUUCGUCCGUUUCUCACUCUCUUUACAGUUUCAGUUUCAUCGUUCUUUCAUCUUUUUCCUCUGUUCUUUCUUUCUUUCUUUCUUUCUUUCUUUCUUUCUUUCUUUCUCCGCGACUUUACUGUUACUUUCUUUCUUCUUUAUUUCUGUUCCUCCUCUUUUCUGUUUCUUUUUCCCCUAUUUAUUCUUUCUUUCUUUCUUUCUUUCUUUCUUUCUUUCUUUCUUUCUUUCUUUCUUUCUUUCUUCCCCUUACAUUACUGGUACUUUCUUUCUUCUUUAUUUCUUUUCCUCCUCUUUUCUAUUUUUUUUUUUCCUAUUCUUUCUUUCUUUUCUUUCUUUCUUUCUUUCUUUCUUUUCUUUCUUUUCUUUCUUUCUCCGCGACUUUACUGUUACUUUCUUUCUUCUUUUUAUUUCUGUUCCUCCUCUUUUCUGUUUCUUUUUCCCCUAUUUAUUCUUUCUUUCUUUCUUUCUUUCUUUCUUUCUUUCUUUCUUUCUUUCUUUCUUCCCGACAUUACUGGUACUUUCUUUCUUCUUUAUUUCUUUUCCUCCUCUUUUCUAUUUUUUUCCUCUAUUCUUUCUUUCUUUCUUUCUUUCUUUCUUUCUUUCUUUCUUUCUUUCUCCGCGACUUUACUGUUACUUUCUUUCUUCUUUAUUUCUUUUCCUCCUCUUUUCUGCUUCAUUUUCUUCUAUUUAUUUUUCUUUCUUUCUUUCUUUCUUUCUUUCUUUCUUUCUUUCUUUCUUUCUUUCUUUCUUUCUUUCUUUCUUUCUCCGCGACUUUACUGUUACUUUCUUCCGUCUUUGUUUUCCUCCUCUUUUCUCUUUCUUUCUUUCUUUCUUUCUUUCUUUCUUUCAUUUUCUUUCCCUCUAUUUCACUCUUUCCCUCUUUCUUUCUUUUUUCUCUUCCUUACUUUGUCUUUCUUUUCUCUUCUGA